AUGGCUCCUGCUUUGAUUGACUCCCCCCAAGACUCGGGUGCAGAGCAAGUUUUUGCUAAGAACCAACUUCAAGAAGGAUACAAGGAGGCCUUUGCCCAAGGUCCCAAGACGACGAACUACGACAAUGAACUAAAGGGUGUAGGAAAGCACCCUCCCGCAAAAUACCCUCACUACCUUCCUGUGUGGGACAACGAGAAAGACAUUGGAGGAAAGUAUCCACCCAACGAGCCUUUCGAGGCCUACGAACACGGAAAGGACGCCGAUCCGUCUUUCCAGAACCUGCUCAGGGGAGCCACCUCAGUCGAGGACCUUACUGCCAACAUUGGCGCAGAAGUCAAGGGUAUACAGUUGAGUAAACUCGACAAGGCCGGCAAGGAUGAGUUGGCCCUCUUCGUCGCACAGAAGAAAGUCGUCGCUUUCCGCGAUCAAGACUUUGCAGACCUACCAAUCCAAGAAGCUCAAGACUUUGCCGAAUACUUUGGACCUUCUCACAUCCACCCUGCAUCCGGUGCUCCAAAGGGCUUCCCAAAAGUCCACUUGGUCCAUAGAUCUGCAGCCGACACAACAGCCAAAGACUACUUUGAAGAGCGCACCAAUAGCAUAACCUGGCACAGUGAUGUGACCUACGAAAAGCAACCUCCAGGCACCACAUUCCUCUACAUCUUGGACGGCCCCUCUGCAGGUGGUGAUACUUGCUUUGUUAACCAAGCAGAAGCCUAUCGUAGACUGUCUCCAGAGUUCCAGAAGCGUUUGCAUGGACUCAAGGCUGUUCACUCUGCCCACGAGCAAGCGCAAAAUGCUCUUUCUCGUGGCAGCAUCGUGCGACGUGAUCCAGUUGCCAACACUCAUCCAGUGGUCAGAACGCACCCAGCCACCGGUGAGAAAGCUUUGUUCGUGAACCAGCAGUUCGUGAGACGUAUUGUGGGAUUCAAGAAGGAAGAGUCGGACUACUUGCUCAAAUUCCUGUACGACCACAUCGCGUAUUCGCAGGAUAUCCAAGCUAGAGUCAAGUGGGCUCCUGGAACUGUCAUUGUUUGGGACAACCGUGUCACUGCUCACACCGCCAUUCUCGAUUGGCAGGACGGUCAAAGACGUCACCUAGCUCGCUUGACUCCUCAGGCUGAGCCUCCGUAUGAGACUCCUUUCGAGGAGUCAAGCAACUAG